CAGCCCAGCAGCUGUCUGCGGCCGCCCCGCUCUCCCGGGGAGGUGCGGGGCUGACAUUUGCAAAUGCUCAGAUGCGCCAGGAUUUCAGGAGACCUCGUGAAUCACCCGCCGCGCUCCACCGGGAGCACGGGUCUGGAGCGGGAUGGACGAGAGCAAACCCCUGAAGGUCCGGCUGACGUUCUCCGUGAUCCUGGUUGGCGUCUCGCUCCUGUUUGCGGCCGUAGUGACUGACCACUGGGCCGUGCUGAGCCCCAAAGUGGAGGAAUAUAACGCCACCUGUGAAGCGGCUCAUUUCGGGCUAUGGCGACUCUGUACAAAGCGGAUUUUUAUGCAGGAGCAAGGUCCCAAAGAGAAGGGCUGUGGGCCGAUAAGCCUGCCAGGAGAACACAACUGUUCCUACUUCAAGCACUUCACACCGGGACAGAGCUCAGAGAUAUUUGAAGUAACCACCCAGAAAGAAUACAGCAUUUCAGCUGCAGCCAUUGCCAUCUUCAGCGUUGGCUUUGCAAUCAUCGGAACAAUCUGCGUCCUCUUAUCCUUCAGGAAGAAGAGGGACUAUCUGCUGAAGCCAGCAUCCAUGUUCUACACCUUUGCAGGUCUCUGCAUCAUCAUCUCUGUUGAAGUCAUGAGGCAAUCCGUGAAGAGGAUGAUCGACAGCGAGGAGACAGUCUGGAUUGAGUACAGUUACUCCUGGUCCUUCGCCUGCGCCUGCGCCUCCUUCGUCCUGCUCUUCAUCUGCGGCAUCACCCUCCUCCUGAUCGCACUGCCUCGCUUCCCCCAGAACCCCUGGGAGACCUGCAUGGAUGCAGAACCAGAGCACUGAUGUUCCCAGCACCCAUGAAAAAAAAGCCAGAAAGUGUUUUGAAAAGAUUUGUAUUUUUUAAAAUGUCUGGGUCUUACUAUACAACGUGCACCCCAUUAACUAAGUCAUUACUGAACCAAGGCAUGUUCAAUUGUAAUUAUUGCUUUGUUCCUUUUUCUUUUCUCUCUCUCUCUCUCUUUUUUUUUUUUUUUUUUUUUUUUAAAGAAAGCAGAAAGAGCAUUCAGCACAGCGUGAAUGGCACUGCUCUGUGCCAGUUUGGGGAUGCCUUAGGCUGAUGCAGUUGAGGGAAAAUCCACGUGUAAGACAGCUCAUGCCACAGAGAAGACAACCUUCUUAGGGAGAAGAUGUUUGGUGUAGUUCAGGUUAAAGAGCAGAUCCACGACGGAUAUUGGGCUUUUACGCCUCACUUGGUCCAAGAGAGACGAUGCAAAACUCUAGCUCCGUGGGGAGUCAUUUUCCCAUUCAUGCCAUACUCCUCUACCUGCCCAAGAAGGAUUAGCUCACCACUCUGGAAUAAAUUGGAGAUCCUUACGCUGUUCUAUUAAACUGUUAAAAUUAAAAAUAAAUUUAAAAAAUACUUUGCCUAGCAUUGGGAUAAAAAUUUCUCCUACAAAUUUACACCC